GCGGGUCUGCAAAACAUUUUUGCAGUGACACUCCGUAAACUGAACGACGAAAGGAAUCUUCAUUCAGAUCCGAAGUGGCAAACCCGCUGGAUUUACAGUGUACUGGCAAACUUUGGUGUUGCCUUGCACGGAUUUUUGUUUUUGGUUUGUUUGUGUAAUCAUGGCCACCUACCUGGGCCCAGAGGACGCCAUGGGUCUUGUGGACCCCAGCGCAAACACAGAAAAAGAACAAACCAAGGACGAAAUCCUGUCUGAGAAAGCACCUGAAAAACCGGAGCCCACUCAAAAGCCUCCGUACUCCUACGUGGCGUUAAUUGCAAUGGCGAUACGCGACAGUUCGGAGAAGAGACUGACGCUGUCGGGAAUUUACCAGUACAUCAUUAGCAAAUUCCCUUUUUACGAGAAGAAUAAGAAAGGCUGGCAAAAUAGCAUCCGCCAUAACCUGUCGCUCAAUGAGUGCUUCAUCAAAGUUCCGCGCGAGGGCGGCGGCGAAAGGAAAGGCAACUACUGGACCUUGGAUCCGGCCUGCGAAGACAUGUUCGAGAAGGGCAACUACCGACGGCGAAGACGCAUGAAGAGGCCGUUUCGGCCCCCGCCAGCCCAUUUUCAGCCCGGUAAAUCUCUCUUCGGGAGUGACGGUUACAGUUACCUAUCUCCGCCCAAGUAUCUGCAGCCUGGAUACAUCAACAACUCGUGGCCUUUAGCGCAGCCUCCCACGCCAAUGCCGUACACAUCUUGCCAAAUGGCGAGCGGUAACGUGAGCUCGGUUAACGUGAAGGGCUUAACUGCACACUCUUCAUACAGUUCAUACUCUCGCGUGCAAACCAUGACUCUACCAGGUAUAGUUAAUUCUUACAAUGGCAUGAGCCACCACCACGCGCACCCUCAUGUGCACCAACAUCCACAGCAGCUCAGUCCCGUCACGGCUGCGUCUCCUCCGCUUUCAGCUGGAAACGGGACAGGCCUUCAGUUUGCAUGCUCGCGCCAGCCCGCUGAACUGUCCGUGAUGCACUACCCUUACUGGGAGCACGAGGGCAAACACUCUGCGUUGCAUACAAGGAUCGAUAUGUAACUAGUGCGCGACCACAAGUGGACUACAGUAACCCACUAAUCUGAGACCUUACGAGGUAAUAAAGAUGUUUUCUUACAUUUGUCGUUAAACAAGGAACAGUGAAUUUUGGUCAGUAAGUCUUUUCAAAUACCGCGUGAAAGCAGGAGUGUAUAAUUACACGUGAAACCGAACUGGAAUCACGGAUUGUAAACGCACGCGACUCGGAGUCCUCUUCUUUUCUCUGUUACACUAUAAAGGAAAACUGCACCAACUAAACAGAUCUCUUCCAUUCGCGAUUUCCUGUACUUUAAAACGGUUCUGUUAAAAUUGUCGACAAAGUUCUUUCCAAUACAAAACAUAAUCUGAACUCUGGUAAUGUAAAAUAUGUGAUUUUUCCUGACUUCUAUUUGACUAAUUAGACGAAGUGUCAUCUAGAACGUAAAUUUGCCCGAUACAUCUUAUUUGAUGUAUAUUAUAAUGGAAUCAAAACCUUCAUAUCUGGUAAAUUGAAGGAACAUUUAGUUGUUCAAACUUUCCUCCGACAUAACAUUCACGGUUUCGUUAGCUGUGUGGUUAAUAAGAUCUUUAUUAUGAACAGAGAAAGACAGAAAUAUAAGGCAGACCUCACAGAGAGGGAAAGAGACGCUCUGGCUCGUGUUUCCGCAAGGGAUUAACGUGGCUCCAAACCAAUUCUUGUUGUUGUUGUUGUUGUUGUUGUUAAUAAUAAUAAUAUUAUUAAUAUUGUUAUUAUUAUUAUUGCUGGAUUAUGUUAAUAUUUUUCAUUGGGAACAUGUUAAACUAGCACUUUUAAAUCGU